GAGGGAUACGGGGAUACUCCCGGUCCCCGCCGACCCCCGUCCCGUCCCCGGCGUUCCCCAGCGGGCGGGGAACCGGCGGGCAGAGGUGUUUGCGGGACACCCGGUCCGUCCCGGCCCCGCGUGGGCACCGCACGUUCUGCCCCCGCACCCACGGCACCCACGCGCGUCCCCGCCGCGCUCAGCCCGUCCCGGCUCACCGCUGGCCCGCUGUGUCCCGGUGUGUCCCGGUGUGUCCCGGGGAAGCUCUGGCGGGAGGUGCGGGGGGGUGUGACACGCACCUGUCACAGGUGAGCUCAUCCCUGGGGUCCCGGGGCAUUUUUGUCACCCUAACCCUGUCCUGCUUUUCCAGCGCUCCGGACGCUGAGCUGGGACCUGGAGUGGGGCAUCUGGAGUGGGGCUGUGCCAGAACCAGAAGAGCCAAACGCUAAUUCGUGCAUCUCCCAGAUUGCUUUUAAUAAAGGGAGCAAGGUGCCUUAUCUCUCCUGCUCGCCCAGCCACUGAUCAGAGACUCUGCCCCACAGCAGUCCCUGCAGGAGGGAGAUCUGCACUGGGAGAAGACACAUUUCCAGUUUCCCUUUGCCACUGUGGUCUCCAAAGCUCCUGUGUUACAGUGUUCCUGGGUCUGCCCCUUCUCUCCCAAGAUGCUGGGAAGGGUCCUGUGGACAGUGUUGCUGGUGGGAGCCUUGCAAUCCCUGGCUGAGGCAUCCCAGGGCCACAUCUCCGUGGUCCUGCUGGGAGCCACGGGUGAUUUGGCCAAGAAGUAUUUGUGGCAGGGUCUGUUCCAGCUCUACAUGGACCAGGUGAGCAGCGGCCACAGCUUCACGUUCCAUGGGGCCGCGCUGACGGCCCUGGAGCCGGGGCAGAGGCUGAUGUUUGACGUGCUGAAGAAGCUGUCCUGCCCCCCGGACGAGGCUCCCAACAGGUGUGCCGUGCUCAAGGACCAGUUCCUGAAGCUGAGCCAGUACCACCAGCUGAGCACUGCCGAAAACUACACUGCCCUGAGCAGGGGGAUCGAGGCCCUGCUGCGCCAGGAGGGGCUGAAGGAGGCCGGGAGGAUCUUCUACUUCUCGGUGCCACCGUUUGCCUACACGGAGAUCGCCCGCCACAUCAACAGCAGCUGCAGGCCCCCCCCGGGGGCCUGGCUGAGGGUGGUGCUGGAGAAACCCUUUGGCCACGACCUGCAGUCGGCCCAGCAGUUGGCUGCAGAGCUGGCGGGCUUCUUCAGGGAGGAGGAGAUGUACCGGGUGGACCACUACCUCGGCAAACAGGCUGUAGCCCAUAUCCUGCCUUUUCGAGAUCAGAACCGACAGUUUCUGGAUCCGAUUUGGAACCGGCAUCACGUGGAAAGAGUGGAGAUUGUCCUGAAGGAGACUGUGGAUGCUAAAGGCCGCACCAGCUUCUACGAGCAGUACGGGGUCAUCCGGGACGUGCUGCAGAACCACCUCACAGAGGCCCUGAUGUUCCUGAUCAUGGAGCUCCCAGCCAACGUGAGCAGGGCAGAAGAGGUUUUGCAGCACAAGCUGCAGAGCUUCCAGUCCCUGUGGGGCCUGGAGAAGAACAGUGCCGUGCUGGGCCAGUACCAGACGUAUGCCAGCCAGGUCCAGGAGGAGCUGCAGCAGGCGCAGGACUACGUCAGCACAACACCAACCUUUGCAGGUGUGCUGAUCCACAGUGACAGCCUGCGGUGGGAAGGGGUCCCGUUCCUCCUCACCUCUGGGAAGGCUCUGGAUGAACGGGUAGGUUAUGCCCGUGUUCUCUUCAAGAACAGGGCCUACUGCACUCAGAGUGAGACUCUGAGGGAUGCAGGGCACAGCCAGUGCAAAGCCAAGCAGAUCAUCUUCUACUUUGGGCACGGGGCCCUCAACACCCCUGCGGUGCUUGUGAGCAGGAACCUUUUCCGGCCCAUCAUGCCCAAAGACAGUUGGAAAGAAGCCGUGGCUCAGUCAGACCUGCACGUUUUUGGACAACCGCUGUCUGAUUACUACGUCUACAGCCCCGUGAAGGAGAGAGAUGCGUAUUCCGUCCUCAUCUCCAACAUCUACCACGGCAGGAAGGAUUUCUUCAUCACCACGGAGAACCUGCUGGCCUCCUGGGGCUUCUGGACACCCCUGCUGGACAGCAUCUCCCGCCAGCCCCUGCGCCUCUACCCCGGGGGCGUGGAGAACCAGCACCUCCUCGACUUUGAGAUGGUGAGUGGGGGACUGGCGUUCGCCCUGGCAGAGCCAGAGGAGCUGCUGAACCCCCCCAGGCAGAUGCCGAGUGAUUACAAGGCAAUGCAGUCCAAGUACCGGCAGAGUCCCCUGGUCUCGGCGUGGUCCGAGGACCUGAUUUCCCGGCUGGCGUCCGACAUGGAGGAGGCAGCGGUCAGGAGCGUGGCACGCUCUGGCCAGUUCCACCUGGCCCUCUCGGGGGGCUCGAGCCCAGUGGUCCUGUUCCGGCGGCUGGCGAGGCACCACUUCGCCUUCCCCUGGAAGCACACCCACAUCUGGCUGGUGGAUGAGCGCUGCGUGCCCCUCACCGACAGCGAGUCCAACUUCUUCGGCCUGCACAGCCACCUCCUGCAGAGCGUCAGGGUGCCCUACUUCAACAUCCACCCCAUGCCCGUGCACCUGAACCGGCGGCUCUGCGUGGAGGAGGACAGGGGCACGGAGCUGUACGCCAAGGACAUCGUGGCCCUGGUGGCCAACGCCAGCUUCGACCUGGUGCUGCUGGGGGUGGGCACCGACGGCCACACGGCCUCGCUCUUCCCCCGCUCGGAGAGCGGCCUGGAAGGGGCUGCCACUGUGGUGCUGACCGAGAGCCCUGUCAAACCUCACCAGAGGAUGAGCCUUAGCCUGCCCCUCAUCAACAAGGCCAGGCAGGUGUUUGUCCUGGUUCUGGGGAAGGGGAAGCACAACAUCACCACCCUGCUGAGCAGGGUGGGCCACGAGCCGAGGAAGUGGCCGAUCUCGGGCGUCAGCCCCAGCUCUGGCCAGCUGGUCUGGUACGUGGAUUAUGACGCUCUGCUUGGGUGAUGCCUUCACGGUGUCCCUCCUCCCUUGUCUGCGUGGCCUUUACAGCCUGGAUUUUCCUACACAAUGUCCGUGUUUUUCUGUUGCCAGCGGCGGCUUCAUCUCUCACAGGCUCCUCAGAGCUUCUGGGAAAUCCGUGGCCUGCAGCGCCUCUGACAUUUGAGCCUGAAGGGAGCUGGGCUCCCUGUUCAGAGCUCAGCAGGAGCCAGUGCAGCAUUUUUGGCUCUGCCAGGGAUUCUGACUGUGACUUUGGACAAAUUACCUCACCCUGAAGUGCCUCAGUUUUUCUAUCAGGCCUUUUUGCUUAUUGGCGUUUAACUACCUCGCAGGCACCACGGGAGACUUGUUAAAUUAACUAUCUGCCAAUUUUUAAAAAAAUUUCAUGGAAUUCUCAGGCUAAGAGACAAUAAUAACGUGUUCAUCCUGUGCCCUGCUCAGUCUGGCUGGGCCAGAGUCCUUGUCUCAGUGAAAUGAGGGUUGUGUGCACGUGGAUCUGUGCAGCCCAUCCUGGUGUCAGCCAGGCUCUGACUGUGCUCUCCUGGGAGCACAAUUGGCUUUUGUGCUCUGUGGCCCCCAAAUUCUGACACUGAUUUGUGAGCUCACUGCGGUCCUGAGCCUUUGCAACCUGCCCAGCAGCAGAGGCUGAGUUGAGAAGCAGUAAUUUGCUGCUUUCAUUAAGUGGAUGGCUGAUACACGGGGGAUGGGGAAGGAAGACAAACUGCUUUUCAGGCUGUUAAAAUAAUGGGGACAGGGUGAGGAAUAUGGCAGCUCACAGAGCUGUUGUUUGCCAGCAGUGCAAUAAUUAUUGAGGAAAAAGCUUGGUGUUCAGAGGAAUUGCUGGACUUAACUAGCAAGAAAAUGUUUUCUUUAGCUGUCUUUGCCUCGUUCUCUGAAAUGAACUUUUCUCUGUCCCCAGACUCGAAGCUUGAAGCGUCAUUCGGUGGCUCAUAAAAUUUCUGUGGGAGGCAGCUUUACAAACUCCCCACAUAUCCAUCAUUACAGCACACACUGAGGUAGAUCCACUGUUUGCAGAUGGUGGUGGCGCUGCUGGUGUUUGAACUCGUGGAUGGUGACUUAUAAGGGAGGGAAUUUUCUCUGUACACAUCCCCGCGGCACACGGAACCAGCAGAGUGCACCUCUGACAGCACAGCAUGGGGUGGCUGCAGAAAUGUGGAGUUCUGCUCGCAGGGAGGGUUGGAGACAUCCAGUCCUACCCAGAGACGCCACUCUGCCCUUCCUGACCUUCCAAUUUUCCCCUUCCCAGAAUGCUGCCACGCACAAGGGGUGUCCUGUGCUUCCAUGGUAUCCCCAAGUGCUCCCUGAUCUUUUCCAGCGGGUUAUUUACCUUUGGAUUAGUGCCUUAACUGGUUUGACAGCUGGGAUGGCUGGUUAUCCCUCUUUUGUGGGUGUCUCUGCCUGUGUCCUGGUUACAGGCAGGAUUAACCACCAGCACAAACACCAGAGGGUGAAAAUAAACCCCAGGGGAGCAGAGGAGAACAGGGAGCAGGAGGAAGGUGAGCUCUGCAGGACUUGCUUUUCCAGUGGAGUCUGGAAUAAGAGCUUAUGUCCAGGAGUUCAUUGGAAUAACCCUCUUUGUAGAGGACUGGUAGCAAACAGUGGUUCCAAAAUAUGCCACAGUGGCUGGAACAGCUGUGCAGAGGAACAGGGUUUGGGUCUGGUACAUCCACGAGUUCCAACAUAAUUUUUUUUAAUUUUUAAAC